AUGUUCCUGUUCUACGUCAUUGCAAUUUUCCUCAUAGGCGUCGUCACCAUCGCCAUCAUCCGGGCCGUGACGUCGCCUCUGCGCUCGAUUCCGGGGCCUUUCCUUGCCCGGUUCACCCGUCUCUGGUACUUUGUUCGUGUCGCCAAUGGCAACUUCGACGCCGAAAAUCGUGCUCUUCAUCGGCGCUACGGGCCGGUUGUCCGCCUCGCGCCGGGCAUGUUCAGCAUCGACAUGCCGGAGGCCGUUCCCACCAUAUACCGCGUGGGCUCCAAGAUGCCCAAGUCGGAGUGGUACGAUUCUUGGCAGGCACCGGGCGAGCACUGGUCUCUCUUUCCAGACAGAGUAAUGAAGCGGCACGCGGAGGACAGAAGGCGCUUCCAAGCGCUGUAUAGCAUGACAAGUCUGCUGAGCUAUGAAGGAUACGCGGACACAUGCGCAGAACUUAUGGUGCAAAGGUUUGACGAGUUUGCGGAUGAGGGUACGGUAUUUGAUUUACUGCACUGGUUUCAGUGCUAUGGGUUUGACGUCAUUGGUAACAUUACCUUUUCAACCCGAUUCGGGUUUCUGGACCGCGGCGAAGAUGUUGCUGGUUUGAUCAAGGCACUGCACGAUCUCGUUGUGUACGGGGCACUAGUAGGCAUCUUACCAGAGACACAUCCGGUCCUGUACAGAGUCACCGAGUGGCUAGGCAUCGGCGGCGCUGCUGGCCGAAGCUAUAUGCUCAAUUUCGUGCGCAAGCGUAUAAGAGAGCGCCGGGCUGAGAGGGCCGCCGCCGCCGCCUCAACGGAGAAGCCGGCAGCAUCGCUGGGUGAAACAUCCGACCAAAACAAGCCAAAGAGCUUUCUCGACAGGAUGCUGGACCAGAAUGAACAGGAUCCCAACAAAGUAACAGACAACCACAUCUCUAGUAUGGGGCUGAUCAACGUCGUCGCCGGCGCCGACACGACGGCGAUUACGCUCACUGCCAUCUUUUACUACUUGAUGCGAACCCCCAACGCGCUGGCGAAGCUGAGGGAGGAAGUGGACGAGAUGUGCAAAGAUGGCAAGAUUGAUCAGUCUGGACAUGUGCGAUUUCAAGACGCCAAGAACAUGCCGUACCUGCAGGCGGUGAUUACAGAGGGCAUGCGGUUACACUCCGUCGCCGGUCUUCCGCUGUGGAGGGACGUGGCGGAGGGCGGCGUUGAGCUCGGCGGGCAGUACUUCCCCGAGGGAACCACUGUAGGAGUGAACGGCUGGUGUGCGCAUUACAACGAGUCUGUCUUUGGGGAAGAUGCGCACGAGUUUCGGCCGGAGCGGUGGCUGGUGAAGGAUGAAGACAAGCUGAAGCAGAUGAACGCCUACUACCUCCCAUUUGGGCUGGGCUCGAGGGCGUGUAUUGGGCGACACAUUUCCAUUCUGGAAAUGUCAAAGAUCCUGCCGCUGCUUGUCAGGAAGUAUGAUUUCGAAGCGGUUAAUGGCGAUGCACCAUGGAAGACGAGAAACGUUUGGUUUGUUAAGCCGGUCGAUUUCCGAGUCAAGGUGAAGCGCAGACUGUAA